CCACCUGAGGACUCUGACUCCAACCAGGUCCUGGGCCACCAGGAGAGCCUGACCCUGUUUUUGGAAGGCCCGCAGACCUGGGCCACAGUAUCCCCAAAGAUCAUGAUGGCGUAUAUGAACCCGGGGCCCCACUACUCGGUCAACGCCUUGGCCCUCAGCGGUCCCAGCGUGGAUCUGAUGCACCAAGCUGUGUCCUAUCCAAGUGCCCCAAGAAAGCAGCGGCGGGAGCGGACCACCUUCACCCGGAGCCAGCUGGAGGAGCUAGAGGCUCUGUUCGCCAAGACUCAAUACCCGGAUGUGUAUGCUCGAGAGGAGGUGGCUCUGAAGAUCAACCUACCUGAGUCCAGGGUUCAGGUUUGGUUUAAGAACCGCAGAGCUAAAUGCCGGCAGCAGCGCCAGCAGCAGAAACAGCAGCCUCAGCCCCCCGGCGCACAGACCAAGGCUCGUCCUGCCAAGAGGAAGGCAGGCAUGUCCCCAAGAUCCUCCUCCGACGUCUGUCCAGACCCCCUAGGCAUCUCAGACUCCUACAGCCCCCCUCUACCCGGCCCCUCAGGCUCUCCUACCACGGCCGUGGCCACCGUGUCCAUCUGGAGUCCAGCCUCAGAGUCCCCUUUGCCUGAGGCCCAGCGGGCAGGGCUGGUGGCCUCGGGGCCACCCCUGACCUCCACACCCUACGCCAUGACCUACGCCCCUGCCUCUGCUUUCUGCUCCUCCCCUUCGGCCUACGGGUCUCCGAGCUCCUAUUUCAGUGGCCUGGAUCCCUAUCUUUCCCCCAUGGUGCCCCAGUUGGGGGGCCCAGCCCUCAGCCCCCUUUCAGGCCCCUCCGUGGGCCCCUCCCUGGCCCAGUCCCCCACCUCCCUGUCAGGCCAGAGCUAUGGCACCUAUAGCCCCGUGGACAGCUUGGAGUUUAAGGACCCCACAGGGACCUGGAAGUUCACCUACAACCCCAUGGAUCCUCUGGACUACAAAGAUCAGAGUGCCUGGAAGUUUCAGAUCUUGUAGAAGAUCCUCUUCUGUAUGUCUCUCUGCAUCUCAUCUCAACCCGGCAUCCCCAGGAAAGCAGUGGGGCUGGCCCUCCCUCCAAAAGUUGUGGCCUCUCUGGCCUCAUGUGUGGAGUAGCCCACCACAGUCCACCCCCCUCUCCCCGGGACAGUCUCCUCACUCUCCGGGGAAGUUCAAUAGAUCUUAGUAACCCUCCACCCAGCCCCGCCUCACCAUGGAUGCUGGCUGCCAUUUUAACCAUGAGCCCUGGACUCCAGAAACUGGUGCUAUGAAUGUGCUCUGAGAUGAAAUUAAACCAAAUUCAAGUAGUCAGUUUAGGGGUCCUGGUCAGGUCAGAAUCGAGAUGCCCUGGAACAGACAGGUAGGGAGACUCAAUGUCAUACCUUCCAUUUGGGACACUUCCUUAGCAUGUGGCUAGAGAUCCUUCUAGAAAAUCCAAAGAUAGUUUUAAGAAGCCCCACCAUGGCAGCUUAGGUCAGUUGUACAGUUCAAUUAAAAAAUCCAUUUGGCGAUUUUACAGAUUUCCCAAAUAUCAGGUUUACAUGGUAGGUUUAGGGGGCUCUUUGAUAUAUAUUUUUUUCUUUUUAGUUUCUUCUUAAAGACAUUUCGUCAGGUAUGCAUUCUUUUGGACUUUGAGAGUGGCCAUGUUUGGUUUUGUUUUAGGAUUUUCUAAAGGUGGAUUUCACCCCAGCGCUGGAGGAACUGUGGUAGUUGCCACUGGGGCCAACCAUGGUAGUUGGCUCCAACAUAGCUGUGGGUAUAUCAAAAAAAAGAAGAACAGGAGGUGGCAGGCUUCUCAUUUGUAAAUAUGCAAGAGACGAGGUUGGCGGGAUAAGUGGAUUUGGAAGAAGCCCCACAUUUCAAAAAUACAGUCCCUCUCUUAGAUUUUGUUUCCUGUUACCAUUGCAGGAUGGGACCAGAGAGCGCAGCCUGAUGGAGUGGCACCAUAUUUCUUUCUGUGCGUUGACCCCCAGUGACAGAGACAAGCACUGAGAGACUUUUAAGAUGGAGUCAGGCAUUUUAACACUCUUGGUAGUUUGAUGCUUUGGCCUUGCUUGAAUUUUUUUUUUUUUUUUUUUUUUUUUUUGUCUUUGGCCCUGGGAGGCAGUAGCCACGAGCCUUUCACUGGUGGGCUUCACAAGGUAAAAGGAAGUAGGGCAGGAAGGUGGUGGUGUGCUGGUAUGUGGUAACCAUUGGCUCCCUAAAGAAGAGGAAAAACCUUGAUUUGUAGUGAUUGCCAAUUUCUGUGGUGUAAAUUAUCCCACUAUGGCUGAUUUCAAGGCACCAAGUCUGUGGUCAUGGCCUCGGAGCUGGAUGCAUGCCAUCUGUGCUCAUGGGCUGGUAGGAACUGGUUCCAGGUCGCCGGUGUAGGAAGGGAUGUCAGGAGGCAGGCACAGUGUGGAGAGAGGCUGGGAGGCCUCAGAUGGAUUUUUCUGGGUCCAGGCCAGAAGAGGUCCAUAUGGACUAGACCCCCCAAGACCCUCUGAAGGGGCACACGGCGAUCACUGGAAUCCUCAAGGAUGGUUUACUCAGCACACCACAUGACCAUGUCUCAUGGGCCUGAGUCAUACUGGCCUCUGGGACAUUAGACCCAGGAGUGAGUGGCUCAGAGUCCAGUGUGGGACACAAAGGAUAAACAGAGGAGGACAGUGCAGGUGGGGGUGGAAGAUAGACGAUCCAAGCAGAAUCCGCAGGGGAGGGACAGGGAGGAGGUGACAUUGUGUAAAAGUUGGGACCAGAUGCACUGCCAUUGAUUCAUUUUGCAGAGACUCCCAGAGUCUGUGCUGGAGGCGGGGGUCUCAGGAGUACAUAGGAAUUUCUCUCUGCCCCACGGAGCUCCCAGAGCUCUGGUUCACAGAGGAGGGUGUGUCUUGUGAACACGAACAAUUCACAGGCACGCUGAUAAGGGGGUCCGGGAGAGCAUGAAGGAUGGACGUCAUGUUCUGGAGGAGGGUGGAAGGUGUAGAGCCUGGGGGGCCACAGUCACAGGCCCACAGGGCUCAGAUGUCAGGAGACCCCUCUCGCUAGGGCUGGACAGAGCAAGAGGGUGCAUUUGUUCGGGAGGUCCUGGCUUCCUUUCCCGGGGCCAACCUCCUGAGCUGUGGGGAUGUCAAAGGUUCUACUUCUUUGAGACAAAAAGCCAGGACAAGUGACAAGAGAGAGAAGGAAGCGGCCAGGAGCCCCCUUCACUCUGUGUUCCCUCCCCCACUCCUUGAGACUCCAGUCCCCUUCCUUCCAGGACAACCACCCCCCACCCCAAGCGAAAAUAAUUAAAUUGUUGAAUCUCGCUAAAAA